CCCGGAGGCCCCGCCCGCGCGUGACGUCACUGCCGGCGCCUCCCGCCGGAAGCGCAGGGCGAGCGGCGCCCGGGAACUACGACUCCCAGCAGGCGCCGCGCGGCCGGAGCCUCGGCGCCUGCGCAGUACGGAGCCGGGCGUCCCGGGCGCCCCGAGGAUCCCCCUCCCGCGCGGCCGGUGGGGGCGCGCAGGCCCCUCCCGGCGAGCCGCCGCCCACCCGCCCGGUGACCAUGAUAGUGUUCGUCAGGUUCAACUCCAGCCACGGGUUCCCGGUGGAGGUGGAUUUCGACACCAGCAUCUUCCAGCUCAAGGAGGAGGUUGCUAAGCGACAGGGGGUUCCGGCCGACCAGUUGCGGGUGAUUUUUGCAGGGAAGGAGCUGCGGAAUGACCUGACGGUACAGAGCUGCGAUCUGGAGCAGCAGAGCAUUGUCCACAUCGUGCUGAGACCCCAGGGCCGAGGAGAUGGAAGGGACCCCCCGGCAGGCCUCGGCCCACGCAAGGCUCUCGGCCGCUUGGCCAGGGAGCCGGAGAGCCUGACCCGCGUGGACCUCAGCGGCACGGUCCUGCCGGCUGACUCCGUGGGGCUGGCCAUCAUCCUGCAGGACGACAGCAAGCCGGACAUCCCGCCCCGGGGAAGGCCAGGCCGGCCGCCCUACAACAGCUUCUACGUCUUCUGCAAAGGGCCCUGCCGGAGCGUGCAGCCGGGGAAGCUGCGGGUGCAGUGCGGGACCUGCCACCAGGCCACGCUCACCCUGGCCCAGGGCCCCUCUUGCUGGGACGACGUCUUGGUCCCCAACCGAAUGAGUGGUGAGUGCCAGUCUCCAGGCUGCCCCGGGACGAGAGCGGAAUUCUUCUUUAAAUGUGGCGCGCACCCAACCUCGGACAAGGAGACGUCGGUGGCUUUGAACCUGAUCACCACAAACAGUCGCUCCAUCACCUGCAUCGCCUGCACCGACGUCAGGAGCCCGGUACUGGUGUUCCAGUGCAAUGACCGCCACGUGAUCUGCCUGGACUGUUUCCACCUCUACUGCGUGACGAGACUUAACGACCGGCAGUUUGUUCAUGACCCACAGCUUGGGUACUCGCUGCCUUGUGUGGCCGGCUGCCGAGACUCCCUCAUUCGAGAGCUCCAUCACUUCAGGGUCCUUGGAGAAGAGCAGUACAACAGGUACCAGCAGUACGGCGCCGAGGAGUGUGUCCUGCAGAUGGGGGGCGUGCUGUGCCCCCGGCCCGGUUGCGGGGCGGGGCUGCUUCCUGAGCCCGGAGUGAGGACCGUCACCUGCGAAGAAGGCAGCGGCCUGGGCUGCGGGCUCGUCUUCUGCCGAGACUGCAAGGAGGCCGACCACGAGGGCGACUGCAGCGCCGUGUACGAGGCCGCGGAGGCCGCUGCCCAGGCCUACAGAGUGGACGAGGAGGCCGCCGAGCAGGCCCGCUGGGAGAAGGCCUCCAAGGAGACCAUCAAGAACACCACCAGGCCGUGCCCCCGCUGCCGCGUGCCCGUGGAGAAGAACGGAGGGUGCAUGCACAUGAAGUGCCCGCAGCCCCAGUGCCAGCUCGAGUGGUGUUGGAACUGCGGCUGCGAGUGGAACCGCGUCUGCAUGGGGGACCACUGGUUCGACGUGUAGCUGCGCCCACCGGACACCCCGCGCCUGCCCACGGCCCCCCAUGCCCAUGUGUCCACGCGCACACACACACACACACACACACGCACGCACACACACACUCAGCUAGGGAAACAGCCAUACUCAUGCCCGUCCCCGCUGGCCAGUCUUUGCCCACGUCACCAGGCGCUUUCUCCUCCUCUGCAGUGCUGGUGAGGGCGAGGGCCCAGGGGCAGCACCCCCCGCCCGGCCCGGCCUCACCUGUCGGGGGCCCUGGGUUUGCUCCCUGGCUCCAAACACCAGAAAGCCCAGCCCCAGCCCCAGCCCCAGCCCGCCCUCCGGCAGCAGCGGCGCACCUUCCCGGCCUUGGGGAGACCCCGCCGGCGCCCGGUCCAGCUGCAGUUCCCCGCUUUCUCCCUGAUGCUCGUUUUUUGGGCGAAUGGAGACUGAUGGGGGCCUCCUGGAGAGGGAUCUCGCGGGGUUUGUUUCCUGGUAACACCCUCAGGGAUUGCUGGGAAAGUGUCCCCGCCGCCCCCUUGUUGGACAGGGCACCGCUGUCAUGUGGUCCAGGCGAAGACGGAAAGGCGCCCAGGGCUUUCAAGAACAACCUUCUUCCUUGGCGGAGACCAUCAAAACUAGGGUUUCUCCCCAAAGUCUCCCUUCUAUAUAUUACUCAGGUGAAAAAACGACUGUUUCUAUAAAAAAAAAAUCUCUGGCCCCUACCCCUUUUGUUGUUGCUUGGUGCCCACAGGCAGCAGUGCUCAGGGGUUGGUUACUCCUGGCUCUGCACUCAGGAAUUACUCCUGACGGGCUCAGGGGGCCCUGUGGGGAGCCUGGGAUCAAACCCGGGUCAGCCCCGCGCUGUACUAUCAUUCUGGCCCCCAGACUCCCUCUCCCUUACACAGGAAGCCGCAGGGCAAAUGACAUGCUGGAUGCUUAAACACAGGGAAGAGGGCAAACAUUUUAUUCCACUGAGCUAUGUGUAGCCUUAGAAAUUGUACUAUUUUAAAGUACUGCAAAAUCUAUACUUUGCUUUUACACUGUCAUUUUUGCCACCUAAAGAAGAAGCUGAUGUGUUUGUCCCACUGUGCAUUUAAUGAAUAAGAUGCCUGCAAGAGACACUUUUAGAAAUGAUUUCAUCACGGUUCUCAAUGUCAAGCAAAGUGCAGGUUAUUAAAGCAGCAGCAGGGCAGAAGUUAGCCCACCCCCUCUCUGAGGCUGUCCUGCAGGGCUCAGCCACAGGACUGCUCCUCAGCCUCUGGGAAAAGACAAUCAGCCACUCGCCGUUGUCCCUCUGGGCCGGGUGGGCUGGGCUGAGGGAGGGCACCCUCGGGAACCUGUGGAGCAAACCCUGACGGUGUGUCGGGCUGUGUCUGUGAAUAAAACC